GCGCCUCUGCUUCUCCUUCUCUCCAUCCCAUCCCAUCCCCUCCCCUCCCACCGUAUGCGCAACCCGCGCCUCCCUUCCCGGUCCCCUCCCUCCACCACCCGCCCGCAGGCGCAGGCGUCCCCCGUGACCCCGUCGAUCGCCCCUCGGCCCUGCCGGUGGAGUUAGUGCUGGAGAUCCAUCCGGACUUGGAUUUCUCCUCGGUCCAAGCAAGGAGGUUUUGGCACCAUACAAGAUCGUCGAAAUUGCGGAAAUGGGAGGUGUAAUUAGUGGUGACUCACCAAGGCACACCUCGCCGGCAUCUAAGUUAGAGAAGAAGAUGGUUGAAGCCAUGCAGCAGAGAGCAUUAAAAGGAACCUCAGUGAAAUCAUUGAACAGUGUCAUCAUGAAAUUUCCUAAGAUCGACGAGAGUUUGAGAAAAUGCAGGACUAUCUUUCAGCAAUUUGAUGAAGAUUCCAAUGGUGAAAUAGAUCAGCUGGAACUUAAGCAUUGUUUCCAAAAUUUGGGCAUUGAAUCGACUGACCAGGAGAUAAAAGAUCUGUUUCAGGCAUGUGACAUUUAUGAGAACAUGGGCAUGAAGUUCAAUGAGUUCAUUGUCUUCCUGUGCCUUGUUUAUCUUCUAGAUGAUCCUGCAGUGUCUGAAGUUAGAAAAAGAAUGGGGUUAGGUAGCCUUGAACCAACAUUUGAAACAUUGGUCGAGUCUUUUGUCUUCUUGGACAAGAACAAAGAUGGAUAUGUCAGCAAGAGCGAGAUGAUACAAGCAAUAAAUGAGACUAUUGGAGGAGAGCGCUCUUCUGGGCGCAUAGGCAUGAAAAGAUUCGAGGAGAUGGACUGGGACAAGAAUGGAACGGUGACCUUCAAGGAAUUCCUUUUCGCUUUCACUCACUGGGUGGGGAUCAAUAAUGAAGAAGACGAGGACGAAGAAGAAUGAGCGUGUCGGCUGAAGGAGAUUCCUUUCCGAAUCGACCGAGCCAGCCAGCCAGCCCCCCUCAGGGGAGGCCUCCAGCAGCUCCCUCCUGCCGUGGAUCAGAAGCGGUAGAGCUCAUGUGUUCUCUGUGUGUGCCGAGCUGAUGGUAGAUGUUCAUGUUCGUAUAAAUAGAAUGAAACACUAGCCGUGUCAAGGGAUUUGCUGAUAAAAAAAAAGGUUACGCUGGUCAGACGCUGCUCAGUUAAUUAGGUUACCUUGUCAUUAAUAAAGUAUUUGCAGUGUGUUUGGAAAAUGUAAAACUGCGAAUGGUACUACUAAUCCUCUUUACUUCGAA